GGAUUACAAAAAACGACCUCGUUUCCUUCCUUGAAAGGAAAAAAGUUGCAGGCGUUAUCCCCCAUUCCCCCCCCUUCUCCAACUCCUUCCUUCAGCUAACCCUAGCCUCCACCAAUAGUUGUCGCCGUCUGUUGGAUGAGAGUUUGCUGCCGCCGUCCAUCGCACUCAAGAACUUCCGUCUUCGUGCUCUCGGGCCUCUCGCCGUAUCCUUCACGUCGGGUGCUCGCAUCUCGCCGUUCUCCUCUGUGCUCGGCUGCUCACGCCUCCCUCCGCCAGUGAGUGCUCGAGCUGUGCGUGUUGGUUGCUGCUCGUCGUCCGUGGUUGUCUCUGCUCGAUUCUGGCUCCCAGUCUCACUCGAGUCUCGUCUCAGUCACUGGCAUCUCGUGGUUCGUCUUUCUCGUCGCCGGCGGCAGAAGCAACUCGUGGGGUUGUCUCUUGCUUCGUCGCCUUCCGUGGGGUGGACGCCGACUCGCCGUCGACCGUUGUUAUCCAUUGAAAAAAAAGGUUGAAAAGGAAACCCAGCCUUCUCCGUAUCCUCUGCCCCUGAUUUAUCUUCUCACUCUGCUGCUGUGAUUCCCUCCCUUCCUCUGGCUGCAGCGUUUCUUCGUUUCUUCGUCCUCUCACUGAAACAAUAGUGGUAUUGUUGGUGCUCGAACCCUAAUCUGUGUUUGCAAAGGGCAGAAUUGAAUUGAAUCGAUGGAUCAGUUUUCUUCAGGAGGAAACUGGACAAUGAUCCCAACCCACAACACUAACACCCCAACCCAUUCUCAAUCUCAAGAUCCCCUCUAUCUCCACCAGCAGCAACAGCAGCAGCAACAACAACAGUUUCUCCAUCAAACGUUUCAGCAACCUCAACAGCCUCAAUUCCAACAACAGCAGCAGCUUUAUCAGCAGCAACAACAACAACAACAACAACAACAACAACAGCAGCAACUUCUUCUGCAGCAGCAGCAGCAGCAGCAGCAACAACAACAGCAGCAGCAGCAGCUGCAACAGCAACAGCAGCAGCAGCAGCAGCAGCAGAACCUUCACCAAUCACUGGCCUCACACUACCACCUCUUACAUCUGGUUGAGAAUUUGGCUGAGGUUAUCGAGCAUGGGACUCCAGAUCAACAGUCAGAUGCAUUGAUCACUGAAUUGAGCACCCAUUUUGAGAAGUGCCAGCAACUGUUGAACUCAAUCUCCGACUCCAUUAGCACCAAGGCGAUGACAGUUGAGGGACAGAACAAGAAGCUAGAAGAAAGUGAGCAAUUGCUAAAUCAACGAAGAGACUUGAUUGCUAAUUACCGAAAUUCUGUCGAGGAGCUUGUUAAGUCUGAGCCAUAGGAGCAUGUCAAUUUUCAGGUUGGCUAAGAACCACAAAUAUUGUAUUAUUUAUCGAGAGAUUGUAGCUUCCUUGUUUUACUAGGUGUGUAUCUCCAGUUUCUAACCAAAAAUUAACAAAAUUACUAAGAUUUACACUUGAUACGUUGUUCAA